GAAUGAGAAUAAAUAAGAAAUUGCAAUGCUUAGUACAGAGUGCAGAAUAUUAGAACUAACGCUAUUUACAAAGCGCAGAGUGUUUAAAAAAUAACAUAUGUACAAGCAUAAAGAGUAGGAAGUGUAAAUAAAAACAGUUCAAAUCAAAUUUAAAUCCUUUUUUGUGUGUAAAUGGGCUUUGAUUGAGGUUGGGAGAAUAGACUUUUACUUCCUGGGGGCACAGUCACACUGGAACUGUGUGGUUUAAUUUGAUAUUAAAGCCCUCUUUGGUACAGCAGGCAUCCCAGCAGUAAAAUAAAGGUCCACAAGUUCACAUGAGAAAGAUGAGAUAUUUAAACUUUCCAAAGAUUGCCCUGUGUUCUUUUAGAGUCCACCCACAUGCAUUGUCACUGUGGUGGUAAAUCCAGCUGUGAUACCAGCAUGGUAGUUUCACAGUAAACUAGAUUUCAUCUUCAUUUUAGUAUCCUGACACCUUUUAUUUCAAGCUGGUCUUAAACCUCGAGUGUACAGGUAACCUGUAAACUUUUGGUGGGGACAGAAGCUCAAAGUUCAAAAUGAACAGCUUUAAAAAUAUAAAACAGAUUCAUACAGAGGAGGAAAUAAUUUGAAGGUUGUCGAAUUUUUAGAUGUAAAUGAUUUUUAAUCAUAAUGAAAUAUUUUGGGGGCUCAGUUUUUCCCUCUCAUGCCUUCAGCUCCUCAAAUCAAGUCAAAUCUCUUUGAGUCAUGUCUCCAGUUGAUGGGUGUGAAAAAGAGAAAAGAGGACGUUUGCAGAGACAAAGACACACUUGUCAUCUAGCUGCACCGAACAGAGGUAAGAUCACAUUCAGCUGGAAUCUCAUACUUGAGAAACAAAUACACAUUUUCACUUUAUCUUUGGUCACUACUUUAUAAAAAAUUAAUCUGCUGAUGCUUUAGAGCUUGUGGUUUCAAAUUUAGGUUGAGGGUAUUUUUUUUUUCCAGAAUGGCACACUGCAAGAGAGCUCACUGCAAACAUCGUCGAUGUUUCGUGUAUAGAAAUCUCAUAGAAGGUUUAUGAGCAAAUAUCUGGAUAAGUUUGAAGUCGUUUUUUCUUGUUUGCAGUGUAAUUCUAAUAAGUUUUUUCAUCGUUUUCUUUUUUCUUUUACACUCCCAGAUUUUGUCUUUUCUUCAUGAUCUCAUAUCAUGUUCACUAUUUCACUAACAGCUUUUGGAAAUAGUUCGUAAAACAUCUAGUGUUAAAUUUAUAGAUUUUGCACUUCAUUAACACACUUUAUUGACCUGUUUUGAUUAUUUAGAAACAAAAUUUGGACAUAAUGAUUAUUUGACUGUUUGUUUUCAUGUCUAAAUGAGGUGGAAGCAGUUCAAAUCGAAGCACAAAGUACACCACAGUUUAAGUUUAGAUGAUUCCUGACAGCACCACAGCGAGGUUAUCCUUCAAAGCUUCAGUGCAGGUGUCGUGCUGCAUUUGUCAAGGAAAACCUCAAGCUUUGGCAUCAUAACUGAACAUGAACCAACAGGUGUGUGUGCCAUGUGAGUGCUUAAAGCUCAAAAACUGACUUCUGACACUUCUGCAGGAUUUUUGCGUCGCAGUCAGCCAUGCCUCGGUCAUUCCUCGUCAAGAAAAAGAGGGCUCAUCUUCUCGGCUCGCCCAAGGACAUCUUAAGAAACUACUCGCAACUUCAUAAAGUCAGCAGCCAACCUGUGCAGCAUGCCACAAAACAAGAAAGGAUGUGCAGUAAAUAUGCAGUGCAGCCUUUGUCGCCCAUGUCAGGGAUUAAGGACCCUCCAGUUGAAGUCUGCAAACCAUGGGACGGUAAGGCAGGCUGGUCUCAUGGUGCCCGUACAGCUGAUCCUUGGCUUGCAGGUAAGACACACUUUGCUCAGUCGAAACAAUGUGUUUUUUUUAUUAGAAAUUUGAUGGUGUUGUAGGACUUUUUAUAGAGUAUGCAACAGUGUUGGUUCCUGUGCUUAAAGAUGCUCAUACAGGAUGAUAAAGAUGACAAGAGGGAACUAUUCAAGAUAAAUUUGUCCAAAAAUGAGCUUUUUCAAGGUCCCAAAAGUCCAGUUCAAAAGUUACUAAUGAGACAGAGAUUAAUCUUGUCUGUUCGUUUUGAAGAUAUUCCCAGCGAAAAGAAAAGAGACACUCCUCCUCUGGCCUCACCUUGGUCAUCAGACAGACACCAGGUUUCUGAAAGAGAGAGGGAACUGGAGAGACUGGUCUUCAUGUUGCUUAACCAUACAUCCCACACUGACCUCAAAUCUCCUGUCAGCGAGUGUCCGCUCUGUGAAAAGGUAGGAAACCUCUAGAUGGCGAUAACUGGAGUCAAGGCGUGUGCAUCAGCGGCUUAAAUAAAACUCAGCAUUUACAUACAGAGCCUGGCAUAAAUUUUGUUUCAGUUUAAGAUCACAUGCUAAGCUAAGCUAACCAGCAGUUUGCUUUAGCUACAAAUUUCAUGGACGGACUUCAAAGCUCGAUAAAUGUUUUCAUGUUCAUUUCCAUCUCUCUCUCAGUCUCUGUCAGAGUUGUUCACAUCAGGAAGUGGUCUACAGGCUCCUUUUCACAGCAGCCUGUCUGUCCCGUUCAUAAGAUCCCCCAUCGCCACAGACCUGCCUCUCAUACCCUUUGGAUUCAGAGCAAUAGGCAGCUAUACUCGAGCUAAGGUAGAGAAAACCGUGAGAACGCUUGAAUUAGAAAAUACCAAGAGACAUUUUGUCUUUUCUUACGUUUUGUGUGUCUCUUUGUGUUCAUCAGGACCGUAACUUUGGCUGUAAAGUGUGCGGCAAAGUGUUUAAGCGUUCGUCCACCCUGUCCACACACCUCCUCAUCCACUCAGACACUCGACCUUACCCCUGCCAGUACUGUGGGAAAAGAUUUCACCAGAAAUCAGACAUGAAGAAGCACACGUUCAUACACACAGGUCAGUGAACACAGAGGGAAACAGACUCAGCAGUCCAUGCUAACACUAAAACAGCCCCAAACAAUCCUGACUUAUACAUCCUAAAUGACAGACAUAAUGAGAAACACAAUCAACAAGCCAGUUGAAGUAUGUGAACAGACUGUAACCUACUUAUUUGUGAUCACAUAUUAAUGACAAAAAGCUAUAUUUGUGCAAUAGACAUAGAAAAAAACAGAGCCAGCUAUCAGACAAGAGGGGGAGAGCAACGUGUGACUUAAUUCAUUUUACUUUUAACCAUUAUUGCCUGACUGACAUGUUCUCAACAGUUUCUGAUGAGGUUCAACGUUAGGUUUGAUCUGGGUCACCAGAAACUGAGACGGUUCAGAUCAAAUCUGGAACUCAGGUGCUGAGAAAAAUCCAAGAUACGAGGCACAGUUUGGUAGAAAGUGGUUCUUUCCCUCACUGUUCAGAGGUCAUACGCAGUAAGAUGGUGUUAAACUGCCCGAGACAUUACUUAGGUAAUGAAUUAACGUAUUUUCAAUGCUUUUAAGUGUUUGCUGACCUAAGAACGAUGACAAGAAAUCCCGUAGCUAAAUGUCGAGCUUUUCUGGCGUUUCAACGGACAAACUAUGUAUAACACAUACAUUUAACAAAUUAUAAUCAUGAUUAAUUUCUGAACUUUAAGUCUUCUGAUCAGCUUUUAAACACUUUUAAAUCUGCUUUUAAAUUGGAUAUUUUAUUAUGGUGUGUUAUGGGGACUGACUCGCCUUUGAAACCAUCCUCCAGUGGCCACUUAAAGAACUGCAGUUUUUGGUACUCCCACAUCAUUCCUCACCUGCAGGUUCUGACCCACUUUCCUCCCCUUUUGGUCUAUCCUCAGGUGAGAAACCACACGUGUGCAAGGUGUGCGGUAAAGGGUUCAGCCAGAGCUCCAACCUCAUCACCCACAGCCGGAAGCACAGCAGCUAUCGACCAUUCAGCUGCCCCCGCUGUCAGCUAAGCUUCCAGCGCAGAGUUGAGCUACAGCGCCACCAGGAGACGCAAUGUGGUUAUGGAGACAUUUACACGCAAAACUGAGUCCAUUUUGCAGGAAAGUGCUUUCAAAACUUGUUUGAAAUUAUGUUUGAGUUAGAGUUAAGGCUUGCAUGCUUAUUAAACCUAUGUUUGAUAUCAAUAAAACUUGAUUACUGCAUCAUG